GUUCUUGUUCUUUUUUUUCUACGGAGUUUUUUUCAGCCAGUUGCCAGCUAUCCAGAUCCAUUCUUCGGAGGCAAUCAUAAGCUCGUACUAUGCGAAACACUGGAUCCCCAGAAGAAACCAACAAAAACGAAUCAUCGAAGCGCAUGCGCUGAAGUGAUGAAAAAGAUCGACCAUAUGAAUCCAUGGUUUGGUAUGGAGCAAGAAUACCUACUUCUCGAUAGGGACGGAUAUCCCCUUGGAUGGCCAAAACACGGUUACCCAGCCCCACAAGGACCCUACUACUGUGGUGUUGGAGCGAAUAAGGUGUUUGGAAGGGAAGUUGUGAAUGCUCAUUACCGCGCAUGUCUUCAUGCUGGAUUGAGGCUCUUCGGAAUCAAUGCUGAAGUGACGCCGGGCCAAUGGGAGUUCCAACUGGGUAACUGUGAAGGCAUCUCCAUGGGCGAUGAGUUGUGGAUGGCUCGCUACCUUCUUCAUCGAGUAGCUGAACAAUUCGGAGUCAGCGUGACAUUCCAUCCCAAACCAGCGGUGACGAUGGGUGACUGGAACGGAGCUGGCUGCCAUUGCAACUUCUCAACCGAUGAAAUGCGUGCUGAGGGUGGACUAGCUAAAAUUGAGGCCGCAAUGCCGAAACUGGCGGCUACUCACAAAGAAGCCAUAAGUGUUUACGACCCUCAUGGUGGAGAAGACAACAAGCACAGGCUGACAGGUAGGCAUGAGACCAGUUCUUUCGAUAAGUUCUCUUGGGGAGUUGCCAACAGAGCAGCGUCGGUGAGAAUUCCCAGAGGUGUGGCACAGGAAGGCAAGGGCUAUUUGGAAGAUAGGCGUCCAUCGUCAAACUGUGACCCGUACCAAGUGACUAGAAUAAUUGCAGAAAGCAUUUAUCUGAGAUGA